CUGGCCACUGAUCAGCCCACUUCGUCGGGGUUUGCGUCUCCGUGCAAGACUGCUGAGAAACAAGGUCCGACUCUCACAUUGUCUUACUUGCAAGGCAAAGCGCAGGCAGGAAAAAAUUCACAAAAAGUGAAAAAAAGCCUCUGAGCAGUGAUUUUCAUCUCGUUUAUAACCAUCACCGUCUCGAGAUGUCUGGAGAGGACGCACCUGCCCAGCAGCAGCAGAACGCCGUGGACCAGAAGCAGGAGACCAAACCCACGGAAGAGCCCAAAGCCGAGUCUCCCACUAAGACGGAGUCGGCACCGGCGGCCGCAGAGGGAGGCGCGGCCCCCGCGGGGGCCCCCGAGAAGGUCCCCGAGGAGGACACCUUCUCCUACCGCUCCCUGGUGCUCACCGGCUACGGGGGGUAUGAUAAAGUCAAGCUGCAGGUGAAGAAGGGCAAGCCGGCUCUCAAGGCCGGCGAGGUCCAGGUGCAGGUCAAGGCUUGCGGGCUGAACUUCGCCGACCUGAUGGCCAGACAAGGGCUGUACGAGCGGCUCCCGUCCCCGCCGGUCACCCCGGGGAUGGAGUGCUCCGGGGUGGUGGAAGCCGUGGGGGAAGAAGUAACAGACAGAAAAGUUGGCGAUAAGGUGAUGGUGCUGAACCGCUUUGGGCUUUGGCAGGAGGUGGUCGUGGUGCCAGCCGGCCACACCUUCCUCAUGCCAGAGGGGAUGACUUUUGAAGAGGCGGCAGCCCUCCCUGUCAACUACAUCACCGCCUACAUGAUGCUGUUUGACUUUGGAAACCUGCGGCCCAACCAGAGCGUCCUGAUCCAUGCUGCUGCAGGUGGUGUGGGUAUCGCAGCCACUCAGCUGUGCAAGACUGUGAAGGAUGUGACCGUGUUCGGCACUGCGUCGGCCAGCAAACAUGAGACCAUCAGCGCAGGUGGCGUCACGCACACCAUCGACUAUCGCACCAAGGACUACGUAGAGGAAGUCCGCAAGAUCAGUCCGAAAGGGCUGGACGUCAUCCUGGACCCGCUCGGAGGAUCUGACACCCAUAAGGCCUACAACCUCCUGAAGCCAAUGGGCAAACUCAUUACCUAUGGUGCGGCUAACAUGCUGGCAGGCCAGAGGAAGAACCUGAUCGCUGUAGCCAAGAACUGGUACCACCAGUUCUCCAUCCACACGCUCAGCCUGAUCCAGGGCAACAAGUCGGUAUGCGGCUUCCACCUGGGCUACCUGGACGGGGAGAUGGAGCUCAUCAGCCAGGCCAUGAACACCAUCCUGGAUCUGUACAAGCAGGAAAAAAUCAAGCCCCGCAUCGACUCCACCUGGCAUCUGGAGCAGGUCGGUGAUGCCAUGAGGAAGAUGCAGGAGAGGAACAACAUCGGCAAAGUGAUCCUCACCACAGAGCCCAUGCCCGAGGAAGAGAAGAAGGAGGAGGCCAAGAAAGAGGAGAAGAAGGAGGAGAAGAAGAAGGAAGACAAGAAGAAGGAUGACAAGAAGAAGGACGAUGGAAAGAAGGAGGAGAAGAAGGAUGACAAGAAGAAAGAGGAACCUAAGAAGGAGGAGAAAAAGGAGGAGGAGAAGAAAGAGGAGCCUAAGAAGGAGGAGAAGUGAGGGGGGAUAGAUGGAUAGUCAAGCAGACCAGCAGGGAGUUAGUGUCCUGGGAGCA